ACGGAGUUCCUAAUAUGUAUUCCGUACAAGCUAUAUCAGUUAUAUCUGAGUAUUUUCGGACACACUCUGUUCAAUCUCCUCUGCUUUCAUGUCGUGUGCGCUUGACGAAAAGGCCGAGACAGUUGGUUGCUGAACGAAGGACAGAAACUGCAUGUCAAUGUUCCUGAUGAAUUUGGUUUUUCUAACUGACCAUUGGAACUUUUCUGACAGUCUGUGCGGUAAAAUCUGCACGAGAGUUGGAAUCCCCUGAUAUCGGAGACCCUGCCAUUGUGUCAUUUUUUGAUGUCAGAGAUCCAUACACGGAUGGAUUGCUACUCCACUUAUCGAUUCUGGGAAAAAGCCACGUCCAUGUCUGGUGACACAACCCCUGAAACCGUGUUCCAUGCUGAUGAUGCAUUACAGCCAGAUCCUCUUGUAGACUUCCUAUAGUCGAGUCUUGCUAAAAUUCUCAUAGACCUCUGCUAAAGCCUGCUUUGAGAUCUCCUACAGUUGGGACCAUAAGCACAUGUCUAGGAUCAGCUUUUCCUCCCCCAAUUAUAAUCUCAAUCAUUAAUGAAGGAAAAAUUCACAACUGACCUUAAAUCAGCUUCAAGGGACACUGUCAUCCUCCUACUGGGAGUGGUGUGUCUCAUUGAUGUCACAAUAUAGAAGACUCCCUGGCGUGCCUUCAGAGCUCCCGCAGUCGCCAAUGGCUGCGUCUCCACUCCCAGAGCGUGACUCUGCGACCCUUCUGAAGCUGCAGGAAGUGGAUCCCAGCCAUGUUGGCCGCGGUGGCCGCAUCCUCUCGCCCAUCUUCAGCGCCCCGUCCCCGGCGCUGCCCAUGGAGGCCCACCCCAUCUGCAUCCCCUCGCCAUACACUGACAUCGGGCACGACUUCAACCCCUUGUCCUUCUACAGCCCCACUCUGCUGAGCUACGCUGGGCCCGCGCUCUCUGACUGCCCAUCCACCCACCAGUCCCUCAGUCCCUCCCUCUUCUGGCCCCCCCAAGCUCACAUGGGGCCUCCAUUGUCUCUGCACCAUCGGCCCCAAUCUCGCCCACAGCAAGGCCAGCCAACCCGAGUGUCCUGGGCGGAGCCCCACGCCCUAUCUGAGAGCAGCAAGCCUCUGAGGAAGCGCUCGCAGGAGGGUGAGGAGACGGUCAUCUCGCUGGAAGGGAAGGCUGAACUGCACUUCUGUGCCGUGUGUCACGACUACGCGUCGGGCUACCACUAUGGGGUGUGGUCCUGCGAGGGCUGCAAGGCUUUCUUCAAGAGGAGCAUCCAAGGUCACAAUGACUACAUCUGCCCGGCGACCAACCAGUGCACUAUCGAUAAGAACCGCCGCAAGAGCUGCCAGGCGUGCCGCCUCCGCAAGUGCUACGAAGUGGGCAUGACAAAGUGUGGCAUGCGUCGCGACCGCAGCAGCUACCGGGGUCAUCAACCGAGGCGCGUGGGUCGCUUCUUCACCCGGGGCACUGCUAGCGGGCCCAAGCGGGUCCUCGCUGAGGGGGGCGAGCCAAUCAAGGAACUCUGCCCCACAGUAUUAACCCCGGAGCAGCUGAUUGGCCGGAUCAUGGAGGCAGAGCCACCGGAGAUCUUCCUCCAGAAGGACAUGAGGAGGCCCCUGACGGAGGCCAACGUCAUGAUGUCACUCACCAACCUGGCCGACAAGGAGCUGGUCCACAUGAUCAGCUGGGCCAAGAAGAUCCCAGGAUUUGUGGACCUGUGCCUGUUCGACCAGGUGCACCUGUUGGAGUGCUGCUGGUUGGAGGUGCUGAUGCUAGGGCUCAUGUGGAGGUCUGUGGACCACCCUGGUAGGCUCAUUUUUUCCCCCGACCUCAGCCUGAACAGGGAAGAGGGGAGCUGUGUGCAGGGUUUCGUGGAUAUCUUUGACAUGCUGCUAGCUGCCACCUCCAGGUUCAGAGAGCUCAAGCUGCAGAGGGAGGAGUACGUCUGCCUCAAGGCCAUGAUCCUCCUCAACUCCAACAUGUGCCUGAGCUCCUCGGAGGGGAGCGAAGAGCUGCAGAGUCGCUCGAAACUCCUGCGCUUGCUGGAUGCCGUAACAGACGCACUGGUGUGGGCCAUCGCAAAGACAGGCCUCAGCUUUCAGCAGCAGUCUGCGCGCCUCGCCCACCUGCUGAUGCUGCUGUCACACAUCCGCCACGUCAGUAACAAGGGCAUGGACCACCUGCACUGCAUGAAGAUGAAGAACGUGGUGCCCCUGUACGACCUGCUGCUGGAGAUGCUGGAUGCCCACAUCAUGCACAGCCCACGGCUGCCCCAUCAAGCCAACUCAGCGGGCCCCUGUCCAGAGGUGAGCCCCCCGCAGCCCACCACCUCAGCAGCUGCCCCGGCCAGACUUGGACCCCCAGCAGCAGAAGCGAGCCUCAACAGCAGGAGCAAUUGGACUGCAGGGACCCCGGUAGAAAGACAGUGGUGAAAAGGGAUCUCUAGCAGCAAAAAGGACAAUGGAGAGAAUGUGACUGGGACCCUUGUGGACGGCUACUUCUUGGAACGGCUUUUAACACCACUCUGAAACAGAGGAACUGGAACGAGUAUAAGGGUUUUUCAGAUCGUGCCUGGGAGGGGCUGCAUCCCAAUGCUGUCCAAUGAAAUCUCCUUUCAGGCAUUAGCACUGUUCUUGACUGUUUUCUCGGAGGUCGCAAACAUAAAAAAUAUAACAAUAUUUAAUGUCCCUGCUAAAGCUGCCUUUUGGUUUAUGAUCAGGUUUGAAUGUAGCCUAGCUGGGGCGACCCACGUGACCACCCAGCGAGGACAAGUUGUGACUGACUGGUCUGGAAAGGAGGCAGUUUGUUAAUGCAACAUUUGCUCAGAAAUUGAGCAGACUCAUCAAUUUAGUUUUAUGAAAUGUUUUUUUUCCCCCCCAGGGGCUUGAGACCUCUCAUCGUUUGGAUUUGAAAAUCCAACAGUUGUAAUGGAAGGGAGUGGCGCUCCUGUGUUUUGAGUGAGAACCAACCAGAAAAAGCACAGCCCUUCAUUAACAACGCAUCGUGCUGACAACAUCAAAACAGCCUUUCCAGACUCUGAAGUCAGGAGACUUCAAGUUCGGUAUCAGCCAUACUAGUUUGAAAGUAGAAUCUAUGAGAAAGUCUGAAAUUAAACAUCAGUGGAUGAGUGGCAAUGAAGGAAAGGAAGGAGAUGAGAGGAAGGCAGUUAGGAGUAACCUACUGGGACACAGAAAAGCCCAAGAAAAGGCACUUUCAACAGUCAUCAUGGACUCUCCCCUCUUCUUUUGUACUGUCUGAGGGCGACAGGUAGCCUAGUCGUUACAGCGUUGAGCCAAUAACCUGAGCCGACAACGUGCAAAAUCUGUCGAUGUGCCCUUAACCCUAAUUUGCUCCAGGGGCUCCAUACUACAAUGGCUGACCCUGUAAAACAACUCCUAUUCACUGCACCUAUCUGGUGUGUGACGUGUUGUUUAUUUGUUUACUGUCAAUGGGAUAAUCUGUAUAAAUAAAGCA